AUGGAGAGGUACGAGAACUUGGGCAUCGUGGGCGAGGGUUCGUACGGCGUGGUGCUGAAGUGUCGGCACCGCGAGACAGGGCAGCUCGUCGCCGUUAAGAAGUUCCUGGAGGGCGAGGAUGACCCGCAGGUCAAGAAGAUCGCGCUGCGCGAAGUGCGCAUGCUCAAGCGUUUGCGUCACGAGAACCUGAUCAACCUGAUCGAGUUUUUCCGGCGCAAGCGUCGUCUGUACCUCGUGUUCGAGUACGUCGACCACACCGUGCUGGACGAGAUAGACGCGGCCGACGGGGGGCUCAGCGAGGCCGUCGCCAGGGCCCACAUCUUCCAGGUGCUGCGGGGCAUCGCCUUCUGCCACCACAACCAGAUCAUCCACCGCGACGUGAAGCCCGAGAACGUCCUGGUGUCGCGUCUGGGCGUCGUCAAGCUCUGCGACUUCGGCUUCGCGCGCCUCGUCGCCAACCCCGGGGAGGCCUUCACCGACUACGUGGCUACAUGGCAAUUUUUGACAGGGAAGUGGACGUGUGGGCCGGAAGUGGACGUGUGGGCCGUGGGUUGCCUGCUGGCAGAGAUGUUGACUGCAGAUCCCCUCUUCCCCGGCGAGUCCGACAUCGACCAACUUUUCCACAUCAUCCAAGCCCUCGGAGAACUGAGCGCCCACCACCAAACUCUGGUGGAGAAGAACCCGAUGAUGUCGGGACUCCAUCUGCCCGCGGGGGCAUCUACCCCCUUGUCCAGCACCUACCCCAACUGGUCUCCCCGGGCCCAGGAGUUCAUCAAAGCGUGUCUGAAUCUGGUCCCAACUAACCGACCUUCAGCGCAGGCUUUGCUCGCUCACGAUUUCUUCCUGCACGACUCUUUCCCUGACACUUUCCUGCCGGAGCUGAGGCAGAAGGUGCACCAGGAGUUUAACGGAAACGCCUUGCUCUGCAAGGAUGGGCGUCGAGGCUCCGGGGGCGCCUACAAGCGAGCCAAGAAGGCGCAGGAGGCCAUGCUGAGUCCCGAGGCCAUCUAUGGGAAGAGCCUCGCCAACCCGCCUGCCAAAACUGAUCUCAGCAAAAGCCGGGCAUCAGUGAAGAUGCCUCCGGCUCCUGCUCAAGGGCCCAGCUCGGUGAACAGAUCAGGUCUGUCCUACGGGACCAAUUUCUCAGAGAGACGAGGGAUCAACCUCGAGGACGGCCCUCCAAGCCUACCGUUCACCACGAUGCCCCCCGUCAGGGAUGCUUCCACCUCCAACUACUCAGGCUCAAGUUUUUCUACAACUUUUCCUAAUUCUGUAUCCUUCCUGAACCUAUCAAGUGUCGGCACUUCAAGUCAGCACUCGAGACACGGCAAUUCUUCCACAGGGUCACCGACCAAACCAAGUUACUUUGGCAUGCAGACCAAUGCCUACAGCUCCCCUUCAAAAAGCUCCGAUCGAGGCACCAAGUCACCUCUAAAUCUCUGGGGCAGCAGCAUCAAGCCGAAGUAUCCAUCAUCGUCUUCAACUUCAACCUUGCCCCACACGGUGGAAACUCGAGCUCUGCGUUCAAACUCCACCCCAGAUGAUGAUGAAUUCAACUUGUCACUUUUACUCCACGAGACAGCGGGCUUACCACCCCCUUCUACCUCAUACACCUCAUCCGUGCGGCAACACCCCUUCGAGUUCCAGCGUCAUCCAUACACCAUAAGUCUAGACAACUCACGGGAUCUAAUCAGCAAGCCCAUGGACACCCUGAGCCAAAAGGACUUCCACACUCCCUCAAGGGACCUCUUGGCCCGAGAACAGCUUGCCAGAGAUCGUCUCUCAAGGGAUCCUUUAAGGGAAAUCAAGGAUAACUCGAGGGAAAUUAGCAGGACUCUAAAACAGGAGACCUUAAACUCCGGGCUGCGAAGGUCCAAAGUGGAGACCAACAGCGGCGGGAAGAUCAAGUACGGCACAGACGACCUGUCGCUGCCCAACGUGCCCGGCGUGGUGGGGGGUGGGGCCGGCAGUCCUCUCAAGAGCGGCCGCAGAUUCUGCGCAGACUCGCCGGCGCCGAACGGCGGCUUCGGCGACGGCGGGCUGCCGCGGCGGCCGCCGAUGCCGUCACUGGCGGCACAACCGCGCAGCUCAUCGACUCAUCGCGCGGCUCCUCUCCUGUCCCGAACUUCCCUUUCGUAUGACGUCAGACCAGCAACAACAAAAACAACGGCAUCCAUCACAACUACUACCAUCACAGCAGCAACUACUACCAUCACG